GCACAUACAGCUGGAUACACUGCAGUAAGUGACUCUUUCUCAAUAAUCUACUCCCUGCAGCCCUGAGAAUCAUGUGCAACCCAGGGGCCUGGGUCCAUACAUACGAUUUGUGAUUCUCCUAUCAAUAAGUUUUGGAUCCUCCAGACCCAAUGGCUCACUUGUUUAAUGCCAUUAAUAACUGCUCCAUACAUGCUGUGGGGAGAUUGCCACGGUCCCGCAAAAAUUCACAUAGUAUAAAGGUAUUACAGUCGGUGCUUAGGGCCUUUGGGGUACAACCAUCUCAGGCACAUGGGGUCUCCACACAAGGUUCAGGGAGAACCAAUUCUUAUAGUUACAUCAUUGUUGGGGCCGGUUCUGCUGGAUGUGUCUUGACCAACCGCCUCUCUGAAACUCCAGAAGACUCUGUGCUUGUGUUGGAAGCGGGCCCCAAGGACCUACUGCUUAGAAGCAAAAGACUGACAUGGAAGAUCCACAUGCCGGCAGCCCUCAUGUAUAACCUCUGUGACGACAAAUACAACUGGUUCUAUCACACCGAACCCCAGAAACACAUGGACAACAGGGUGAUGUACUGGCCCAGGGGAAGGGUGUUUGGAGGAUCAUCUUCUCUAAAUGCCAUGGUGUAUGUCCGGGGCCAUGCCGAAGACUAUAACCGAUGGAGCAGGGAAGGGGCCACUGGGUGGGAUUAUAGCUAUUGCUUGCCUUAUUUCAAGAAGGCCCAAACACAUGAGCUAGGUCCUGAUACCUACAGGGGAGGAACUGGACCUUUGCAUGUCUCAAGAGGGAAAACCAAUAAUGUUCUUCACCAGACCUUUAUUCAAGCUGGUCAGGAGGCUGGAUAUCCAUUUACAGAAGACAUGAACGGGUACCAGCAAGAAGGGCUUGGGUGGAUGGACUUGACCAUAUACAAAGGUCAGAGAUGGAGCACGGCCAGUGCCUACCUGCACCCAGUGAUGUCCCAGCCCAAUGUGUCCAUUCAGGCAAAAUCACUGGUGACCAAGAUUCUCUUUGAAGGACAGAGGGCAGUAGGAAUUGAGUAUCUCCAGCGUGGACAGAGAAAAAGGGCUUAUGCCACAAAAGAAGUUGUGCUAAGUGGUGGGGCAAUAAACUCCCCCCAGCUCCUCAUGUUGUCGGGCAUUGGGAAUGCAGAUGAUCUUAAAAAGUUAGGAAUCCCGGUUGUUGCUCAUCUCCCAGGAGUCGGGCAGAACCUGCAGGACCACUUGGAAGUCUAUAUCCAGCAGCAGUGCCUCCGGCCCAUCACUUUGUACAAAGCCCAGAAACCAAUGAACAUGAUAAGGAUCGGCCUGGAAUGGCUCUGGAGAUUCACAGGCGACGGAGCGACGUCCCAUUUAGAAUCCGGGGGCUUCAUCCGAAGUGGCCCCGGCGUGGAGCACCCCGACAUUCAGUUCCAUUUUCUGCCCUCGCAGGUUAUAGAUCACGGGAGGGUUAAUCCCAAGAUGGAGGCUUUUCAGGUUCAUGUUGGAACCAUGAGAGCCACCAGUCUGGGUUGCCUGAAACUCAAAAGUUCUGACCCAACGGACCCGCCCAUUAUAGACCCCAAAUAUCUGUCAACUGAAAAGGACAUUGUAGAUUUCCGUAAAUGUGUAAAACUGUCCAGAGAAAUUUUUGCCCAAAAAGCCUUUGACAAUUUCCGUGGGCCGGAAGUUUUACCGGGGCCAAACAUUCAGUCGGAUAAAGAAAUCGAUGCCUUCAUCAGGCAGAAAUCUGACACCGCCUACCACCCCUCCUGCACCUGCAAAAUGGGCCAACCCAGUGACAGCAGAUCUGUGGUGGAUCCACACAUGAAGGUUAUAGGGGUGGAAAACCUAAGGGUAGUAGACGCCUCCAUCAUGCCCAGUAUUGUCAGUGGCAACUUAAAUGCCCCAACCAUAAUGAUAGCGGAGAAAGCGUCCGAUAUGAUCAAGGGAUUCCCGGCCCUACAAGAGGAAAACAUUCCCGUCUAUAAACCAAACACUCUGGAAACUCAGCGAUAGACAAACCCCAGAAGCUCCGAAUGCAACUCAGGAAUGUUUUUACAUUUUUCAAAUUCUAAAUAAAUUUUAGAAAAUUU